UAAAUGCAGGCAGGUGAGGCACCCUUCUCAAACCCCAGCCCUGCACUGCAGGAAUUGCCCUCAGCUCUCCCCAGCCCUGCAGCUGACAUCAAGGCUGUCAUCCAGCUCCUAUAGCAAGGACUCCAAAGAUUCAGAAGGCCUACUGAGAUGGGAAAAAUCAUAAUUUAUGAGCAUGUCAACUUCCAGGGUCAGUCCAAAGAAUUCACCACUGACACUCCCAACCUAAUAGCUGUGGGUUGGAAUGAUAUUGUGUCGUCAGUGCGAGUCAUUGGCCAGCCUUGGGUGGCUUAUGAGCACGUUGACUACAAGGGUCAGUUUCUGGUAUUUGAGGAGGGAGAAUAUGACUCUGUUGGCAAAGAUAUGAAUGACAAGAUCAGCUCUCUGCAGCUGAUCACAGAAGAUCUGCACAAUCCCCAGAUCACUCUCUAUCAGCACGUUGAAUAUGAAGGGAGGAGCAGAAUAGUAAGAGAAGCCACCGAUCUGGCUGGGGGAGAAGAUAAUAACAUUGUGUCUUCUCACAAAGUCCAGAGAGGUGUGUGGCUGCUGUGUGAGAACAGUGAUGGAAGUGGGCCUCGGCACCUUGCCCGAGAGCACGAAGACGUUCCCAACUACAAGGAGAUUGAUUUCAAUGACAAGCUUUCCUUCCUGCGUCCCCUGCGCCCUGGCCGUGACUCUUAGACUGCACAUCCUGUGACCCGUCCUGAGGGAAG